UGCCGACUUGCUGGAGUGCACGGAGGGACACGGCUGCUCCCCAAACAACCAGAAAACAAGAUCAUUUUCCGUAUCAUUCAUUCCUGCCUGCCUGCCUGCCUGCCUGGUCAAGCGAAAAUCUGGGGAGGAGGAGGAGGAGGAGGAGGAGAAGGCCACGCUGACGCUUCAGGGAUCCCAGCACAAGAAGCUUCCCCUCAAAGACGGGGAUUUGUCCCACCCUGGGCUGAAGCCAUCCUAGAAAAAGGUCACUAUUGGGCUUUGUUCCCAGCUGAGAAAGCCUAGGACUCCACCAUGGAAACAUCAAGAUCCCUUCUCCGGCAAGUAACUGGCUACAGCAUGUUCUUUGUCUUCCUUAUUCUUUUUGCCAGUGGCAUACUUGGAGAAAAGAAUGCCACCCUACCCUCCCAAGAGUCAGCCACUGCUUCUCCUGCAGUAGUUUCCACCAAUGAUACAAUUCCCACCAAGAAGAUGAUAGCAAAAGACACAGGAAGUGAUGUCUCUUCAGAAGCCUCCACUGUUUCCAAAUUGUUGGUUGCCACAUCCAGCAACAAGGAGACACCUUCAAAGAGUACAAUGUCAGUUGAACAGCCCUCUACUAUCAAGCCAACAGACACUGUUGCAGAACGAAAGGAACCGGUAACACUUAAACAGACCAAACAGGCCACAAGUACUCCAGUUGUCCAUGUCUCUGCUACCCCAGAGGCAACCACAGAAGUUGCAGCUACCCCAGCUGAAAUGAAAACAACCAAAGUGGGGCACAAAACCAAUACAACUGUCACAGUGUUGACAGCCUCUAAUAAAACAGCAACCACUGUCAAGAGCACCGGUCAGAUACCAAGAAGCAGCAAGGGAAAAAAAGAAAUGAACACAACAACGCCAGGACAACAUGUACAGGCUGACCACACAACCCAUGCUAAUACCAGCAGCAAGAGAACUGAAAGCCAGUCCACAACUGUGACAUCUAUCAUUAAAGCAUCAGAAGCUGAUGUUGGAAAGACAGAAAGCCCUUCAAAGGGCUCUGGGGGAGUAACUGGGACAUCCAUAAUUGAAACAUCAGAGUCUUAUCCUAAGAUGACCGCAAGCUCUUCCAAAGGAGUAACUGUGGCCAUAGUCCUCAGCGUUUUGCUGGUUCUGGUUCUCCUAAUUGCUCUCCUGUUCUGCUGGCGACGUCGGCGUUCUGGUUCUACCAGCUUCAAUUCGGCAGGGUGGGCUGGGCAAGCAGCAUUGCCAGAUGAUUCUGGGUUGGAUAAAGAGGUAGAGCAAGGGGCACUGACCACAGGGGAAGGGGAGACAAGACGUGCGACCCUCACCACUUUCUUUGGCAAGCGUCAGUCCAGGGUGCCUUCAGUAGCCUUGGAAGAAGUUGUGCAGAAAGGGACUGUAGAUGUAGAAGAGGCCCAGCAACUGAUCGACGGGGAUGCUAGCAGAGUCUCUAGUCCAGAAGGGCCUGGGGAAGCAAAUGGUAAACUUCUGGAGCCCAGCGAGCAACACUCACAAGACACAGAGUUCCCUCCACCGCCUGCAAACCAGGAGGACACUCCUCCUACACCACUAGAAUAGGACACACCCGCUUCCUAGGCUUCUCCCAUGACAGAAUCCUUCCACUGUCUAAAUUUCUUCCUCUAAAUUUACGGCACUCCUCAUCCUUAUUCUCCUGCAACCUCCCCUCCUUUGGUCUGUUGAGAGAAGGAGGAGACGAGAAAGAAAAACAGAAACUCAUGUUCCACCAUUUUUCAGAAAAUUCUGACCACAUCCUUUUUCCUGUUUAUAAUGUAUCUGAGCCCACUGAUAAAGACUAUCCGAAUGAAGAAUGGCUUAGAACAACUUUAAUAGGAACUGCAGCUAGAACAGGGGUAGGUAACUCUUGGCAUGUGUGCCGAUAGCAGCAGACCAUUUCGCUAGCACCCAGGGCCAGGUUUCCACCCAACCAACUGCAGCACUGGCAGUUCUGCUGGGGCAGCAGUACAGGAGAAAGCAGUAGGCACGGCUUAUGCCUGGCACCGCCUCCCAGACUUGCAAAGCCACCAGUUGAGUCUAAGACUGGAGCAGCACUGGGGCUUGGCUUGCUCCAAAUGUGUCUGGUCAAGAACAACCCUCAAACCACAACACCUGCUCCACCCUAUUUUGUUUGCUAGGACACCAGCAUUUUCUAGGUACACACCUCUUUUUUUUCAGCAUGUGGGCAAAAGUUUGGCUUCCCUGAAUUAAAACAUCUUGUUCUGUGGUCAAGAAGCCUUACUCUAGAAUGAACGGCUUGUGAUCGCAGGACAAGUACUAGUUCCCUAACGCUGUUAAACAUAAGGGAAUGUCUCUAAAUUACAAAUUCUAUCACUACAUUAUUUGUAUGGUUUAUUUGUGGUGGAGACAAUACAGAAAGGACCCAAGAGUCUUGCUUUCCUAUUACCUUUAGCUCAAACUCCACCAAACAUCAGUUUCCUUUAAGGGAACUAGAAAUUUGAUUUAACAUUGAAUUUUUGACGAACACAGGAACCUUGAAAUUUAUGCAAAGUGGGGGGAUGGGAUCCAGAACUGGGAAUAUCAAAGGGAUUGUGAUGGGUGAAUUUUAGUAAUAUAUUAGUUGCAGGGAGGCCUGCUUCUUUGGGGCACAGUUUUCAGAAAAAGAGUAAUUCACUUGGCUAAAUUUGCCAUGAUUCCAAAGACUGUUGGGAGUGGUCCAAAUGUCAACAUGGUGUGAUUUUUAACUAGGGGAAAAGGCUGGGGGGGGGGCAGAAUCCAGAUCUGGAUUUGGGUAAUUUACCAUUUUAAAAAAACGUGGAUUCUUUAAUAUCAGGAUUAAAGCUAGUUGUAUGAGGGAAACAAUCCAAUAGGCAUAUAGGCAACAAUGCAACUGGUUUCUAAGGGAAAUGUUUCUGGGUCUAAAUUCCCUCAAUCUAGUUGGAUUGAAAUUUUGAGGGAUAUCUUUCCUUCCAAAAUUUCAGACAUGUAGGGUAAAAAAUCCAUAGGCGCUUAAAAUCCUCAGUGGUGAUUUGACCGCAGGGAGAUGUGAAUUAGUGUCUUGAAGGGGCAUUUCAGGACCCUCAAAUGAGUGAGAGGCGGUCUCUUUAUUUAUUUUUGAUCAAAAGAGCGUGCAUGAGCAAAGGAAGUUCAAUCUUGCCCCCUUCCUAUGCCUCGUCCCACUGCAAUCUGAUGCACAGAGAUUUUUCCUUGCAGCUCAGCAGGUUUCCCACAUUCCUGACCAGAAAGAAAUAUACUACAAACAGAAGACCACAGUGAAGGGAGUGGCUUUGGCUCAGCAGCAGAACAUCUGCUUUGCAUGCGGAAAAUCUCAAAUUCAGUCUCUGGUAUCUCCAGUCGAAAGGAUCAGGUAGUGAAAGGCUGCAAAGCGGAACCCUUGGAGAGCAGCUACCGAUCAGCACAAACCCUUCUGAGCAAUGGUCUGAAACAUUAUGAGGCAAUUUCAUAUAUUAUGAGAUGUGUUGACCUUAGAACAUCCCCUGCUUGACACCUGAACUGCUGAGGGAUAAGACAAAGUCUCUGCCUCUGUUUUCCCCAUCUCCUCAGCGCUGUCUGCCUGUCAGUGUGUGCAAGCAAACUUUGUGUCUCUUUCACUUCAUGAGGGGGGAGAAUGUAGCCUUAAAGCCAAAUCUCUUCCUUUACCCCUCCCCCUUUUGUGCUACCUGGCAGCAUAUGCAAACACAGCUUUUGCCCCACGGCCUGCAUAACUUUAACUUACAUAGAAUCAGAAAGCCAUCCCAAAGCCAGUGAGAUGGCUCGAUUCUUGGCUGAUAAUGGAAACCCUGUUCACAGAAAUGCCAGCUGGAAUUAUAACUGGUCAAUGGGGAAAUGUGCUAACUGAUCUGGCGGGCUGGUGUCCUUUCUGACAUAUACAUGCUGAAUCGUCUUUUCCCUUCAUCGCACCUCCUGUCUCGUGCUACCCCAGAAAAUGGAACCAGAUAGUGAGCUGCUAACUUAAAGAGUCAGAUCAGAAGUUACUCCUAAAAAGGGCUUAUUUUGUGAUGGUAGUCACCAGUACUGAAUACUGUCAUUUGGAGAGGGGUUUUUCCCAACGCCUGAGGGGGGAACUGAUAGAAAUCAGUGCAACAAUAUAUAUAAGUUCUGGCACCUCUUUUUAAAUCUUUUUUUUACAAAAAAAAUAUAAUUUAGGAGCAUUGCUCCUAAAUGACAAUAUAACUCUAUUCAGAUUCAGAGUAUUUAGUACAUUUAUGAACUGGGCAUGGUUCAGGCUGGAUUUUCAUUAAUAAAUUCCCAACUGGAAAUCUCUCCUCGAGAGAACAGACUAAUGAGAUUUCACACUAACAGCAAAUCCAAUCCUGUUACUACUAAAUCCAUUCUUUCCAGGCAGAUAAGAUUUCCUGGAGAUCCACAAAAGUCAAGAGUAAAAUACACACACCUUCCUUACUUAAUUUUCCAAGCCAACUACAUACUUCUUUGUAGAAUGUCAGCCAUGAUAUUUUUGUUUGUUUGUAACAUUUUUCAUCUAUGUUAGGAAGGGUUAGGAAGAGCAUAUGCUUUGCAUGCAGUCCCUGACAUCUCCAGGUGUUUUUUUAAAAAAAAUAUAUAAAGAUAUCUGGAGAGCUGGGUUUGGGAAUGGCUUUGCUCUGAGCGGGACCACAAGUGACGCCUGACACAGGUUGGACACUUGUCAGCUUCCCUCAAGUUUUGAUGGGAAAUGUAGGCAGCUUGGCGGGAUGUUGGACAAGUGACAGUUGAAAAGUCCAUUGGACAGCAGUCAGAGAGUCAAGCUGCAAGACCAGGAUGCCUACAUUUCCCAUCAAAACUUGAGGGAAGCUGACUAGUGUCCAACCUGUGUCAGGCGUCACUUGUGGUCCAGCUCUGUCCAAGAUCCUGGAGAGAUGAUGUCUCUGAGUUCUGAACUAGAUUGGCCCAUGGUUUGCUGCAAUAUAAGGCCCCUUCAUACCUUUGUGUUAUGCAUGUGUGUGCAUGUGCAUGUGUGCGCAUGCAUGUGUGAGUGAGAGAGAGAGAACAGAGUCAGAGGGACUGGUCAGCUCCUGUUAAUGCAAAAGAACAGUGGGAUUUGGGGAAUACGCGCUAAGUAAAUGUCUAAGCUGUAUAUCUAGGCUGAAUUGACUUGCAUAGCGACCGUGUGGAGCUCAAGUGAACAGGGAGGAAUACAUGUGAGUCUGUUCACUUGCCAUUCAAGUGUAAUUUGCCACUUCUAGCUUGGCCCUAAGAGUCUCGCUACGCAAGACAGCUUACACGAGUAAGAUCAAGUGAAAGAUCUUACUCAUGCACUGCUAGGGAGACAGAGUACACUUGAAUAUAAGACCACACAGAAACUUGAAGGCCCCUGUGUAAGAUGUCUUGUGUACAGAGACUUUUGCUGCAGAUUUCCAAAGGGGGCAGGAAGCUAUAAGGUUACUUGGAAGAUACGAAGCAAAUGCAUCUUCAUGACACACCUUGAACAAGUCCCCUUGCAAUGCAAUGAAUGGGAACUAUGCCCAAGGACCAAUGCACUUCCCCUUCUGUCCAACUGUAUUGCUAUUUUGUUCCCCUUUGGAGUUUUAUUUUUUUAAAAUAUUAUUGCUCUUGCUAUUUGCAGAAAUUUAUUAUUUGUGUGCAUGGCUGGAAUUAAAGAGUAUCAAUAAAAAUUUAAAACUUGUUUUAA